CCAAACGAUAUCUCAUUCGUAUAUAUCUGUAAACUAAAGGACAGACCGGGAGAGCUGUUGGUUAAGAAGUGUAUUGAACUAAAGCUACCUCCCGGUCCACUUUUGGACAAACUUAGAUCCGGUGAAGACAUUGUCUUAUCAGAUAAUCGAGUCAUUUGUUCCAAGGAUUUAGUGGGACCUGAAGAUAAGGGACCCAUUUUUAUAGUGCUUGAGUGUCCAUCCCUUCAAUACAUUGAUUCCUUACUUUCAAACGAAUCCAUUCUUCAACAUCUGUCCUCGGAUUUGGUUUCAGUUGUGAUGCACUUCACGCCAAACCAUGUGUUCACUGAUGAGAGAUACCAGCAAUGGAUGAGACGUUUGGGUGAUUCAGUGGAUCACUUAGUUUUGAAUGAUGAUAAUCCUAAGCAGAGUCACGUGGGAGCCAAUCAACUCCAGAUUCAACUCAAUCUAAUCGAUUGUAAGUAUAAAGGUAAUGAACUAACACACGCUUCACUUCUGUAUGGUGUUCGAAUAGUUAGUUUACUAAACUCCGGUAGCCUACAGUCUCCUAAACUAAGGCUCACCGUUGUGGACAUUGAUGUCAACGCUUUCAGAGAAGAGGCCUUUUCUAACAACAAGUUUAUGGAAAGUCUUAAUAAAUACCAUUCACUUGAAUCACAAUUAGUUACUGAAACACAAGACUAUCCGGAAAUCAUAUUUCUAGGAACUGGUUGUUCAGUUCCAUCCAAAAUGCGGAAUAUGAGUGGCAUUUGGGUUAACAUGGAUUCAGAGACAUCUUUGCUAUUGGAUUGCGGCGAAGGAACGUUUGGACAGUUGUCCCGAUUCUAUGGCAAAGAAUGUGAUUCACGAUUAAAACAAUUGAAAGCCAUUUACGUGAGUCAUCUUCACGGCGAUCAUCACUUAGGAGUUCUACAGUUCUUGAAACAGCGAUCACUUGUCACACGCGAGCCAUUGUUACUGAUAUUACCGCCGGAAGUGAUUAAUUGGCUCCAGAAUUGUAACGAAUUUGUGGAACAGAUAUCACAUUUGUAUGAAAUUAUUGAUAUCAAGAAAUUUAUGACAGAAAGUGAUGACAAAGUGUUGAAUAGAUUGCGUUUAAAUGAGUUGAGGACCUGUUUGGUGCCGCACUGUGCGGACAGUUACGGCCUUUCGUUUACCACAAAAAGUGAACCAAACUUUAAAAUUGUAUAUUCAGGCGACACACAGCCCACCCCUACGCUCACCACAAUUGGCCACAACUGUGAUCUGUUGAUACACGAGGCGUCGAUGGAGGACCUGCUCGUGGAUGAGGCGCGACUCAAGAGCCACAGCACCACAUCCGAGGCCAUAGCUGUGGGUUUUCUAUACUUGCGCUUCAAG